AUGCAGCGGGAAGCAAAGUCCUCCUCUCCGUGUUGUUGCGGCUGUCCUCACGCGAGUGAAACGGAAUUCUACCAAAAUGCGGACUCGAAUCCUUUGCCGCAGCUCUACUUCUACGCCUGUGGCAAAUCCAGGCAACACCCCAUGAAGGGAGGCCCGUUCAAGUCUACCAAUGCCGAUGCUUUUCUCAUCGAUCGCCAGGUGCUUGGGAUCGCGGAUGGAGUCAGCUCUGUCGAGGCUGAAGGCUACGACCCAGCCCGUCUGCCCGUCGAGCUCCUCACAGAGUGUUCGCUCGCGUGCCGCUCCCGCCAGCAAUGCCCUUCUGUGUAUGAUGCAGAGUCGGAGAACUUGUGGGCGGCGUGGGGACUCAAUCAUUUCGUCCCGCAGCAGUUUCCACUUCACAUUCUCUCUCGCGCGCAUGCGUCGUGUUCAAGCUGGGGCGCCACAACCUGCGUUCUGUCGAUCCUCGAGCAGAAUUACCUCUGGACAGUGAAUAUUGGCGACAGCCAAGCCCUGUUGCUUCGCCGAACGAAUACGCCUCCGCGGGCGGUUCCCGUGGAUCAAUACAGUGAGCACGAACUGUGUCACAGUUCGCGGAGCAGGAUUGGCGACCUUUCGCAGUGUGGUGGCUACCAAGUUAUCCACAGGGUCUCGCCGCAGCAACACUUUUUUAAUUGCCCCUUCCAACUGACGCGGAUGCCCGAUGUAGACUGCUCCGUGGGCGAAGUCUUGCGGCGGACCGCAGAGUCCGCCGAUGUCUCCGGACAUGAAGUCCAGGCCGGCGAUAUCCUUGUGAUGGGAAGUGACGGCCUUUUCGACAACCUCUUUGAUGAAGACAUAUUACAAGUCGUCAACCAACUCUGUUGGGGGCGAAGUCGACCCGGCGAAAUACCAAGCACCGAGCCGCAUCUCGUCGCCGAAAAGCUGCUGGAGAUGGCGAUGGACGCGGCCAGCGCCCCCACUGGGCCGGAGAAAGCAAAGCUCACUCCGUACGCGGAGGGGGCGUACAUUGAGUUAGGAAAACGACUUUACGGCGGGAAACCGGAUGAUAUUACAGUUGUCGUCGGUUACGUCCUUGACCGGCGGCAGAGCAGCGAAGGCACGGAGGGAGAUGCAAGCAGGACUGCGGCUCUGGAUCCCGCGGGGCGUUCCACGAGUCCGCCAGCAGAUCGUUGCUCUUAUGGAAUUAUGGACAUAUCCGGGCCGGUCGCAGCCGACAAAGCUGCUAGCCGGGUGACGAAUUGCUCAACCCAGCUCUACGCUCAGCGCUUCGAGCAUCAAAACGGCUACGGAGCCUAUCCAGGAACGGCUGGACCUGCUCGCGCAUGGUUCACCUUGCAACCAGCAGGAUCUUACCGAGGCGUAGAGCAACAAACCUUUCUCCAGUCUCUGAAAGAAAGCCACCUCUCUGCGGUACCCCAGUGGGACACGCCGUACGCGUCUCUGGCUGCCACCGUAGCCUCUUCACGUCGAAGCUUUCCACCCAGCACAGCAAGGUGGCCAAUUGUGGCUCCUCCUGCGUGUGUUGCCUCAGUUCACGCAUUGCCGCCAGCGUUCAACGCGGCGCCGUGA